UAUGAAAUUCUAGUAAAUAAUUCAUAUGUAGUUUCUGCGCCUAAAACACCAGCUUUGCCCUCAAAAGAGAGGCAAAGUAGUCAAAAGUCAACAAGUGAUCAUUAUCAAGAAAUUGAAAUCGAUGAAGACAAUGAACAAUAUUUAGAUAAAGACAACUACGAAGAGGCAUUAAAUGAUACAAGGAGAAAAGUUCGCAAAAUUGCUCUCGUAAGAGUUCAGAAACACAGCAUUAAUAGUUCUGCUCCUAGAGCUUUGCCCCCCAAAAAAAAUAACCAAUAUCGAGAAAUUGAAAUCGAUAAAGACAAUGAACAGUAUUUAGAUGAAGACAACUACAAAGAGAAAAGUUCGCAAAAUUGCUCUCAUAAGAGUUCUGCUCCUAGAGCAUCGACUUUGCCCUCAAAAAAGAAUAACCAAUAUCAAGAAAUUGAAAUCGAUGAAGAUGCUCCUAGAGCAUCGACUUUGCCCUCAAAAAAGAAUAACCAAUAUCGAGAAAUUGAAAUCGAUGAAAACAAUAAACAAUACUCAGGUGAAGACAACCACAAAGAGACAUCGGAUAUUACAAGGAAAGUUCCUGUUAGAACUCAGACACGCAAUACUAUUGAUCCUGCUUCCAGAGCAUCUACUUUUCCUUCAAAAGAGGGAAAAAGUAGUCAAAAAACAAGUAACCAAAAUCAAAGAAUCAAACAACCAACUGAGACAAUCGUUAGCGAUAGAGACCAUGAAGAGAUAUCGAUUAAUAAUGCUGGUUCCCAUGAGUUGAAUAUUACGGAAAUCCUAAGUACUUCUAGUUCAAAGCAUGCAAUUAAGAAUUCGACAAGCAAAACAUCAUGUGCGGAAAUAACGGCUUCAAGUUUGAUGGCAGCGGCUUUAUCCACAAAGUCAACAUCGUCGUUCAUAAUUGAGGAUGAAAGCAAUUCUGAUUCAUAUGAUUUAAUGCAAAAUUCUCUUGAUACACUUCGUAAUGCUUUUAAUGAAUUUGAAUUAUUAAUUAAUAUUCAAGAUGUAAUGACAGCUAAAAUUUUGAAUAAUAGCAAUGAGAAUGAAAUAUCUUCAAAUCUUACUCAUUUGCAUAAUUCCACACAUUAUCGACAAGAAAUUAACAAGGAACUAAUUGUACAAGUAUGUAGUAUCUCAAAAGCUAAUGAACGUAUGCCAGCACUUGUUAGAGACCUGGGCUGUUGUUUUGAUAAUUAUCGUUACAAACUUCAUGUCUCAAUCAUGAGUCUUGCGGAAAAGGGAGAACCAUCAGAUGAUAAUUUAUCCGAAUUCAUAACUAAAGAGGUGUGGAAGCAGGUACUUAGCUUACACUUGAAGGUUACAGAUCAACAAGCAUUAAUGAAAAAUCUGGAGACAUUCAUGAAGCUUGGCGUUUUUGUGCGCCAAGCCGUUAAAGCUGUUAUAAUUGCAGAGAGCAGUAAACUAGAUACAAAGACUGCAAUUAGGAAAUGCGAUAACAUUACUAUUAACUUAAAAAUUCCAACCAAGCUCGGUAUUGUUAAAUCAUUGCCAGUUAAGGAUCUCUUAAAUUGCUAA